AUGGGUCCUGCUGGGGGCCGGGGCCUCGAAGCUGGCGAGGGUCCUGAGCUUUUGGAGGGCCAUGGCAUGCCUCUGAGGAGUCCGCUCACCCUCUUGGACGGGGCCCUGGGCCUGGGUAUACUAGGACUCGGUGCUCGCCUUGUCCUGGCCCUGGCUGGACCAGGCAUGAUGCUGCUGCUGCUAUUUCUAAUGUUGAGUUUCCUGAUUUUCGACCUUGUGCAUGGACCCCUGGAGUUGCCUCUGCCUCAAAGACCAACGUUUAGACCCCUUGGAGCGGGGGGUGAGGGCCCCCACUUACAAGAACCAUUGCUCCCACCUACCCUGAGCCAAGUCCUGGACGGAUUCCUGCUCUUCACCGGCCUCGGGCUCAUCUUCGGGGCCCUGAUGCCCUUCAGUAUCUUCAGCCUCAUAGUCGGCCUACAGGCUCUGGCCUGA